AUGUCACCGAAAAAUCGAAGAAGUCGAAGAACAUCUGUUGAAGGUCGAAGAAGUCAAAGACAAACAACAUUUCCACCUUUAUCCCAUGAUGCAAUAAACAUUAAUACAAACAACCCUGAGCAAAAUAUUAGCAUUCACCCGCCUCCGAUUGAAACAUUAUCUCCUCAACUACCACCUUAUGGGACCACAGAUGGAGCACAAAAUAAUAACAAAUUUUCAGAAAUGAAUCAGAGACAUGUCGUUUCUAGCCAUGAAAAUCCCCCAUCAUCCUUAUCAUCAUCUUCGUUGUUGUCAUCAGAGAAAUCUCCAUCCUCACUCUGUGGGUCAGUGUCCCUAUUACAAGAAUUUUCAUCAUCAAAAGGAUCCGAAUUAAAAUAUAAAGAACUACAGGGUGCGCUUACCUGUGUCUUGACCUCACCUAUCUCAUCAACAUCAGAGGAAUUAAAGAUACGAGUCGUAUUAUUAGGUGAGACUUCAGUAUUUGAGACACUUACCGAGUUGAUAUAUCAUCUGUGUUAG